AUGGAAGAGGCCAGGUCCAGCAGUGUGCAGCUCGAGCUGACAGCAGAUGUUGUCAGGAGGCAGGCUGGGAAGUUGCAGGAUUCUUACUUUUUUACAACGUGGAGUGGAUCACGGGCUGGCCCUGAGCACGUUCUUGUUUCAUUCUGCUGGUAUCGGUUAGACAUUGCUUCAUUCAGAUAUAAAUCAGAAUGUCCUGAAGAGACACGCAAGCAGGAUAGUGAGGUCUGGAACAGGACAUUAGCGACAGAGACAACGCCAACACCAACACCAAAAGACACUCUUGGUCUGGUAUGGAAUUGGCCGUGGGGGCAGCAGUUUGCCUUAGACAAGUGUACACAAUAUGGCUUUCAUGGGUGCAAGCUGUCAACAGACAGGAGUCUAUAUAGUACUGCGGAUGCAGUUUUUAUACAUCAUGCUGAUAUAAUGUAUAAUAAAAAGGCUUUGCCUCAACAGCCAAGACCUUUUUUUCAGCGUUGGGUGUGGGUUAACUUAGAGCCUCCAUUGAUUAUUAGAAACUUAGAGAUGGUGGACAAUUUGUUCAAUGCGACCAUGACAUUCCGUCAGGAUUCAGAUAUUUUCAUCCCAUACGGCCGGAUGCAAAUAACAAAAGAUCCUCAAAAGGUCAUCGUUCCCAAGAAGUCUAAGCUGGUAUCUUGGGUAGUCAGCAAAUGGUAUCCUGGUGUUCCUCGCAUUGCUUAUUACGAAGAGCUGAAGAAACAUAUCCCAAUAGAUGUUUAUGGAGCUAACCACAUGCCACUGAGCUCACAAGAUUUCCAUCCAACAAUAUCGCAAUACAAAUUCUAUUUGUCUUUUGAGAAUUCCAUAUAUAAAGAUUAUAUCACGGAGAAGAUUUGGUCAAAUGCCUUUGGUUCAUGGGCUGUUCCAGUUGUGUUGGGGACAUCCCGUAAGAACUAUGAACGUUUUGUCCCAGGAGAUGCCUUCAUUCAUGUAGAUGAUUUUCCAAGUGCAAAGGAACUGGCAAAUUACCUUCUCGAGUUGGACAAAGAUGAUGUGAAGUACCAAAAGUAUUUCAACUGGAGAUCCCAAUACUAUGUGAAACUAGAUGAUGGAUGGUCAUAUUUCUACUGUAAAGCAUGUUCAUUCAUAAAGCAGAGUCCAAGAUAUCAGGUUGUUCAUAACAUAGCUGAUUGGUUUUUGAAGGAUGUAUAGCUCUGACAGUGGAAGAUUAAAACCUAAUUCCGACCAAAUUAAAA